GCUAAUAAAAACGGUGACACCAUUGCAACAGGCGAGACAGAGUAAUCCUGCCGACUAUACGUAGUCACGUAGCGUGAUUCGUGCCGACAGCACUGAAAUGAAACUGAACUCUUCAACAAAGAAUGUGAAAAACAUUAGUUUUUUCUAACUUAAAAUUUCAAAAUUUUAAAUCGGACUAUCCUUGUAAUUUAUAACAGCGGAUCCAAAACAAAAAUGCAAGCGUAAACAGCAAAACUCAUCCCCAAACCUCUUAUCGUCACGUAUUGAAAAGCCGGUUCAGACAAUACUUGCAGCAGACGAGAGACAAGAACAGGGGAAACCAGAUCGUAGGAUCUGGACGGUAGAGUCCAUUCGCCUGUAAUGGAGAAAGGUGAACGGUUUUCAGAGUACCUGUUCGCGAAGAUGGGGCCAGGAGACAGAGGCCCGCAGACCACGGAGGACCGGACUGCUCCGGUGGAACCGACCGGCGCGAAGAAGUGGUUCAUUGACAACACGAUGCUGGUGGUCACGCUGCUCGGUGUCAUCACGGGAAUUGGCGUGGGAUUUGGUUUGCGCCCUUGUAACCUUGGACCUGACGCGCUGGUGAUCAUAUCAUACCCUGGAGAACUGUUCAUGAGGUUACUCAAGCUCAUGAUUCUGCCUCUCAUCAUCGCCAGCCUGAUAGCCGGUUCAGCAAGCUUAAACGCGAAGAUGAGUGGGAAGAUCGCAGUGAGGACACUACUGUACUUCAUCUUAACCUCCAUGUUCAACGCCUUUCUGGGUAUUUUGAUGGCAAUGAUGAUACAUCCUGGGAAACCAGAACUGAAAGAGGACUUUGUCAGUGUUAAUACAGGGAGAAGGGACCACAGUAUUCUGGAUAGUCUUUUAGAUAUAGGAAGAAACGUAUUCCCCGACAACAUAGUGCAGGCUGCCUUCCAGCAGGCCCAUACGGUAUAUGUACAGCCGACGACUUUGUUCGGCAGGAAUGCUUCUGAUAACGAUACGUUGCCGGCUAUGGUGCGAGUUGUAUCUUAUAGAGCUGGUACCAAUACUCUAGGCCUAGUUUUCUUCUGCCUAGUGUUUGGCAGUCUGCUGGGCACCUUGGGGCCUAAGGGACAGGUGGUGAUCGACUUCUUCCAAGCGAUCUUCGAGGUCAUCAUGAAGAUGGUGACGGGAGUCAUGUGGAUGACUCCGGUCGGCGUCAGCAGUGUGAUUGCGGGGAAGAUUCUUGGAGUCAGUAAUGUUGCUCAGGUGAUGUCUCAACUGGCAUGGUUCAUAACAACAGUGGCAAUCGGCGUGUUUUUCUACCAGCUGUUGGUGAUGCAACUCAUAUACUUCUUGUUCCUAAGGAAGAAUCCAUACAAAUUCUACUGGGGACUGUCUCACGCCAUGCUUACCGCAUCAGCCACUGCUUCUACUGCCGCAGCCCUCCCAGUGACCUUUCGAGCUAUGGAGGGUCCCCUUCGAGUCGAUCCUCGGGUCACCCGGUUCGUUCUACCCAUCGGCUGCAACAUCAAUAUGGAUGGAACAGCGCUUUUCUUAUCUGUGGCCAGUGUUUUCAUCUGUCAGAUGAACAACUUGCCCUUGGGAUUCGCACAGCUGGCUACUAUUUUCCUUACAUCAACAGCAGCUUCAGUGUCAUCCGCGUCAGUGCCGUCAGCAGCGAUGGUGUUGCUACUCGUGGUUCUCGCUGCAGUAGACGCUCCGACACACGACGUGUCGCUGCUGUUCGCUGUUGAUUGGCUUGUUGACCGCAUACGCACAACAAACAACAUGCUGGGCGACUGCUACGCGGCUGCCGUCGUGGAGCACCUGUCCAAGAAUGAGCUCAUGGCCUGUGAUGCACUCUCCACUGUGAGUGAACCUGUAACCAAUGGUCUCACCACCAUCAAUACAGAGGUGGACCUCGGUCUCGUGACUCCCAGCAGAAAGUCAUUGGCGUCAGAUGACGUCAUCAUCGACAUGCAUUUAACCGGCAACCACUCCGUAAAGAGGAUCUAGUUUAACGCGUGCCUUUCAUAAUAUUUAUCUAGAACGCCGUAAGUAGACUUUUUAGUAAUUAGUCAGUAUGACUCUAAAAUUCGUAAUCAUAGAUUUUGUACGAAAAUAUCUUGCAAUUUGAAUAGGUAUGUAUGUGCGCUAACCAUUUUAGCGUUACUAGCUGGUACGUCCAGUCAAUUGACAAUGGCAAAUACGAUAGUAAUAAUAAUAAGAAGCAAGUGAAUAAUUAUAAAACGCAAUUGACUAUUCUUAAAUAAGCAAUCAAGUAUUUAACACUUAUUAAUCUGUAAUUAUCAUCUAGUGUUGAUCAUAGCAGCAACGUUUUGAUAUAUUUUGAAUGAUACGAUGCUAAAGUAUUCAAGGUACCUAAUUAUAUUUAAGUGCCAAAGGCCAAUUCGUAAUUUUAAAAUGCCAUUUUUACAUUUUUAUAAAUUAUAAAAAUCAUUGACGAGCCAGUUUCGGUUGGUUUCAUCACAAAAUGACCCUAUAGAUAGACUAUAAUAAAUCGCUGACAUAUCGGAAGAUGGGUCUAAUAUGCAAUGUAGGCAUUUAUUUGCAAGUAUAGUAAAAAUGGAAUUCCGUUUUCAUAAUGUAUGUAUUCAUUGCUUAGUAUUAAGGCAUUUCUAGGCUUUAAGUUACGACAAAGGUCCCGUUAGAUGUAGUUUUUGCCUUACUACCCUCUAUGAUAUAACAUGGGCAGUUGUAAUGAUUGUUAUCAAAUUUAAUAAUAACACCUUACAGGCAGCUUUACUAAAAUUAAGGUUUUGAUGUCCUUUUGAAUUGGUAUUUGUUUAAAUGUUUUAGAUUCCUACUUUUUACUUUUAAGAUACCUUAUGGUCAUUGUCAUUUAUAGAUUUAGAUCCAGCUGUGAUAUAAUAUUUGUUGUUUUUCUUUUCAAUUACUGGGUAUUAUUUGAUAAAAAUAAAAACCAGUGAUAAAAUUUUA